AUGCAUGAAAUAACAUGCCACUUCAACAAUCUGUAUUUUGUGCUGCUCCCUUUCUGGCUCCAGGUCAUCUUCAUUUCCAUGUUGCUCUGCCUCUCGGGCAUGUUCAGCGGCUUGAACUUGGGUCUGAUGGCGCUGGAUCCCAUGGAGCUGCAGAUCGUCCAGAACUGCGGGACGGAGAAGGAGAAGAAUUACGCCAGGAAGAUCGAGCCCGUCAGGAGCCAAGGAAACUACCUGCUUUGCUCGCUUCUUCUGGGGAAUGUUCUGGUCAACACCACCUUGACCAUCCUGUUGGAUGAUAUCGCCGGUUCUGGAUUGAUAGCUGUAGUGAUGUCCACCAUCGGCAUCGUCAUAUUUGGAGAGAUUGUGCCUCAAGCGAUAUGUUCACGACACGGUCUUGCUGUGGGAGCGAAUACAAUCUUCUUGACCAAAUUCUUCAUGCUGCUCACUUUCCCCGCGUCCUAUCCGGUAAGUAAACUGCUCGACUAUCUCCUCGGACAGGAGAUUGGUACGGUGUACAACCGAGAGAAGCUCUUGGAGAUGUUGAGGGUCACGGAUCCCUAUAAUGACUUGGUGAAAGAGGAGUUGAACAUCAUUCAGGGCGCGCUGGAGCUCAGGACUAAGACCGUGGAAGAUGUCAUGACCCCGUUGCGCGAUUGCUUCAUGAUCGCCGGCGACGCCACGCUCGAUUUCAACACCAUGAGCGAGAUCAUGGAGAGCGGCUACACGCGCAUUCCGGUGUUCGAGGGCGACAGGUCCAACAUCGUGGACCUGCUGUUCGUCAAGGACCUUGCGUUUGUGGAUCCCGACGACUGCACCCCGCUGAAGACGAUAACCAAGUUCUACAGCCAUACCUUACAUUUCGUCUUCAACGACACUAAACUCGACGCUAUGCUGGAGGAGUUCAAGAAAGGUAAAUCUCACCUGGCAAUAGUCCAGCGGGUUAACAACGAAGGAGAAGGCGACCCGUUCUAUGAAGUGCUUGGCAUUGUCACCCUAGAGGACGUCAUUGAAGAAAUCAUCAAGUCUGAAAUCCUGGAUGAGACAGACUUAUACACCGACAACAAAACAAAAAAGAAAAUCACCCAUCGAGAGAGGAAGCAGGAUUUCUCGGCUUUCAAGCACAUGGACAAUGAAAUGAAGGUUAAAAUAUCACCUCAGCUUCUACUGGCUACUCUACGUUUCCUAGCAACAGAAGUAGAAGCAUUUAGUCCAAGCCAGAUGUCUGAGAAGAUCCUUCUACGUCUCCUCAAGCACCCCAACGUCAUCCAGGAGCUCAAAUAUAAUGAGAAGAAUAAGAAGGCCAUCGAACAUUACCUCUUCCACCGCAACAAGCCUGUGGACUAUUUCAUCCUCAUUCUGCAGGGGAAGGUGGAGGUGGAGGCAGGGAAAGAGGGAAUGAAGUUUGAAGCUGGAGCUUUCUCCUCGUAUGGGAUGAUGGCUCUCACCGCGUCUCCAGAAAACAAAUCCCCCCCUCGGUCAUUUGGACUGAACCAUUCUGACUCGUUAAAUCGUAGCGAGCGGAUUGAAGCCAUCACACCGUCACUGGGCAGCAGUAACCACCAGCUCAAUGCCUUCCUGCAGAUGUAUGUGCCGGACUAUUCUGUCAGAGCUUUGUCAGACGUACAGUAUAUUAAGGUAACGCGCCAGCAGUAUCAGAACGCCAUCAUGGCGUCACGCAUUGACAAGACGCCACAGUCCGCUGAGAGUGAGUACACCAAAAUCGAAAUGACUUUGACAGACCUCCAUGAUGGAGUGACUGAUGAAACCACCACCCUGUUCAACCAGACACAGAACUGUGUGGCCCACAACAAGACGAACCACACAGGCCACAGCGAGGGGGCCAUCUAGCCCUCAGUGGGGUGGUGGAGCAAAGCGGAUGCUCACCACCCCAACCCACUCCACUCUUGUAGUGCACUACUACUACUGGGACCUGAGCUUGGGUUGACCCAAGGCAAAAUGGGAUACUCCAGUGACCCGGUCCGGUCCCAUUCAUUCAGAUAAACCACGGCGUUUAUGUCCCCCAGACUAUAAGAGUUUGGAGGAUGGAUGUUUUUGUGCUCUGACGAGCCCCUAGCUACACUCGAACUGCCCGUGAUGUUCACAAACACAAAAGAAAUACUCCAGAUGCAGAUGCUGUAAUAGGGUAAAUCAAAGACUGUUCCAAAUACUGCUUUGAAGGAAACCGUGAACCGUGAACCAAGAGCAUUCUACUCACAUAUUUAUUUAUUUUGUAUGCAUUUGUACAUACAUGCAUGUCUGAGGAUAUAAUUGUCGGCACAUGCAAGCACCAGUCUGUAAAUUGUGCAUGU